AAACGCUCCAACAUCUCCCUUCCAGACUCUGCCGCCUUCACCGCGCCUGGCUGAAGCCCCAUCUGUUCAUAAAGCGUGCCCGGCCCAGCGCCACUACAACGUCCCCGCCUCACCCUCUCACCACCAUCACCGAACCCAACCUCGCUUUGUGCAGCUGUGUCUCAACAACUCGCCACAAUGAAGAUCACCUUCAAGGACCUCAAGCAGAACAAGUUCGUCAUAGAUGCUGAGCCAUCGGAAACGAUUGGCCAGCUCAAGGGCAAGAUCCAGGCCGAUAAAGGCUGGGAGGUUGCGCAGCAGAAGCUGAUCUACUCCGGCAAGAUCCUCCAAGAUGCAAACACGAUCGAAUCAUACAACAUCGAAGAGAAGGGCUUCAUUGUCUGCAUGGUGUCUAGGCCUAAGACGACCGCUGCUUCAUCAAGUAAGGCAGCACCGUCAACACCUGCGCCCACGACCGCCCAGACGCCCUCCGCUCCUGCUCCCGCCGCUCCCGCUCCCUCAUCGUCGACCGCCCAGAAUGCUCCAGCUACUCCUUCGCCCGCUCCGGCUCAGCAAUCGUCCGACUCAACCCGCUUCAAUGAUCCGUCGGCGUUGACCAUGGGUAGCGAGCGUGAAGCCGCUAUUGCCAAUAUGGAGAGCAUGGGCUUCGCUAGGGCCGAUAUUGACCAGGCCAUGCGUGCCGCAUACUUCAAUCCCGACCGUGCGGUCGAGUACCUCCUGACCGGUAUUCCAGAGAGCGCUGCCCAAGAGCAGCAGCAAGCCUCACCUAGGCAAUCGCGUGGGCCGACCUCUCCUCCACCCGCCACCGGUGGGAACACGGGUGCAGCCCCUACCACCUCUGGAGGUGACGAGCCCAUCAAUCUGUUCGAAGCAGCUGCCCAAGCCGGGCAAGGAAGCCGAGGCGGCGCUGGUGGUGCUCGCUCUGGCGGUACUGGUGCUGCGGCUGGAGCUGGCGCCGCUCUAGGCAGCAAUAGUCUAGAUUUCCUGCGUAACAACCCACAAUUCCAACAACUGCGACAGGUUGUACAACAGCAGCCGCAGAUGCUUGAGCCCAUCUUGCAGCAAGUCGGAGCCGGAAAUCCGCAGCUGGCCCAGAUGAUCGCCAAUCACCCGGACCAGUUCCUGCAGCUGCUUGCGGAGGAUGCUGACGAGGAUGCGCCGCUGCCGCCGGGUGCCCAGGCUAUCAGCGUCACCGAGGAGGAGCGCGAGGCUAUCGAGCGUCUGUGCCGCCUCGGUUUCGAGCGCGAUCUCGUUAUCCAAGCCUAUUUCGCGUGCGACAAGAACGAGGAGCUGGCCGCAAAUUUUCUCUUCGACCAGCCGGAGGAACCCGAUGAGCAGUGAUCGAGAGUUGCAAAGGGAGCUGAAGCGAUUCAGCCUGGGCCUUCGUCUCUCAUCCAUCCCAAACAUAUCCGAGUUCAUCUCAUGUCAGAAUUUUGCCACCAAGAGGGGACCACGUCUCACGAUCAUUGCCUUCAUACAAAUCCACCCCUCAACUGCUUCCUUCCGUAUGCGUGCUCAGUCGGGAGCCUCCCUUGCUCUCAUUAUCUGGUAAUGGUUAUGAUACCCUCCGGUUCUGGAGGAGCUGGGGAUUUGAGGACCAGAAUGGAAUGUAGAUAGCUCGGUUUAACGACUGGGUCUGCUAGGCGAGAAAAUAUCAAUUGAAAUGGC